UAAAUGAUCUGUGGGGUAUUUUGAGCUGAAACUUCACAGACACAUUCUGGGGACACCAGAGACUUAUAUUACAUCUUGUGAAAGGGUCAUAAUAGGUCCCCCUUUAAUUUCAGUCAGUGUUCAGUCACACAAAGUUAUUGUAUGACUUCGGAAUAUGUGGAAUAUUGAAGUGCACAUGUUGUUUUACUUAUGUGGUGUUCCUUUUCUCUCUCUCUCUCCAGAGCCUGACUCACUGUCUACUACCCUGCUGGGAAAAGAAAAAACAGCAUGAACCAGCAUGAAUUCCAUUUUUGUCCAGGCUGGUUUAUGCUGGUGGACCAGCGUAGUCAUGAUUUUGUCAAGCAAAAAAAAAAAAAAAAAAAAAAAAAAGGGAAGAGAAACUAUGGGAGCAAAACAUCUGUCCUACACAGUAAAAUCGGCAGUGUUAAUUAGGCAGUGUUACUCUACAUUUACUCUUAAGGAGUUAACUUAACAACAAAUAGUGAAAGAUACCCUCUAGUGUUGGUGAAAAUUAUCAGUGUUAAUUCUGCCUCGUUAACUUUACUCUGUUAAGCUCCGCCCCUCAAGCUAACGUCAAGGAUUUGAACAGAAGUUUCUCGUCGUCGUUGCAACCGCCAUUUUCUUUCACCUCGCACCAAAAGGUAAGCUCUUUUAAGUAACGUAUUAAAACAUCACUUUUGAAUAAAUGUGCUAAUAUUACAGCAUAGGUUGUAAUUUGAUGAACUUUGUGUAAUUUGGUAGGUUCAAACUCCGAAUAGAACUUGCAACUUCGCAGUAUGGUGGAGAAUUUUAUUUUCGUCAGAGUGUGGUAAUGAUAAAUCUUAAAUUAUGUCAAUGAUCGUAUUUAAUUUGUAUUUCUGUUGUAGUUAGCUUUAUUUUCUGUUAAUUUGUAUAUUGUUAUUUAUAAACGUCGAAUUAUCCAGCGUCACAGUGGAGCAUUAACAGUUAGCUGCUAAGUUUUUCAUUAACGUUAGACAGUAGAAAUUGCAAUGUUCGUAUUCAAAGACUUACUUAAAAGUGAUGACUAUGCAAACCAUUGCAACAAUUUCAGUACCUAACCUUUUUCUACUGCCAUGUGUGUAAAACUAGGUCACCUAACGUAAGGCCUACAGAACAUGCUGGUUAAGGUGAAACUUGGGGAUGCCCAGAAAUUUGUUAAAAUAACCGAGCUGAGCCGGAAGGAGUUUUUGUCUGCUGCUUUUUUAAAGUUCGGUGUCCCAACUGUACCCGAGAAUGUGAUGGUUGUUGAUGAAUCAGGGACGGAGGUGGAUGAUGAUGUUUUUGAGGAUGUAGUUAAAGAUCCAUCAGUUGGCGUUCUCACCAUAAAACAUGGUGCAGACUUGGAAUCUGCCUCUCCACAUGCCUCCCCACAAGCCUCUCCUGUGCAGUUAAAUCGGUCUUCAUCUGUUGACUCCACUGAUUCACAGGACACGGUGAUUAUUGAAGAAAGCUCUUCAAGUAAAAGAAUGAGGCUAGAUCAUGAAGCUAAAAAGGUGAGCAUCAAAUUGUUAUUUAUUGGGGGAAAAAAAGAUAUAAUUCAUCAAUCUUAAAAAAAAAAAAACAUAUUUAAACAAAAAUUAAGGUAAUUCUUUGUUCUUAAAAUGCCAUAUUCAUGCUUUGUUUUGUUUGUUAGUUAUUUCUUUCUUUUUUUUUUUUUUUUAAUUAUGAAGUUGGUGGAAUCCAUUCUUGUCCAGAAACCUGGUGGGGAGCGUGUAAUAAAUGAAUACAACCGAACUAAAACUUUGGGGGAUGAAACGAGAAGGAAAAUGGUGAACAUCCUGGCAGCUGACAUGACAGAAAAGAAUGGGUAAUCUGCAUAUAAUUAACUGGUGUAUAUAUGAUCUCUCACUGUAGUUCUAUCAUCUUUUGCUUUUUGAACCUGGGCUAAAGAUGGGUGGUUUUUUUUUUUUUUUUUUUUUUUUUUUUUUUAAAUAAUUAUACAGUACAUCACCACCACGGCAGGUUAAAGAAAAAUACGCCAGAGGAAUUGUGGCUUUGUUCCCUUACCUCAGUGACCCCUUCUCUAAAAAUGGCUAUGUAAGUAUCACACUAUUUUUGAAUUUUAUUUCUAUGUUGACAUGUCUUAAAUGUUGAUCACACACCCAUAAUACAGGUGGUGAAUUUUGCUAUUGAUUUAACACUUUUUUUUUUUUUUUUUUUUUUUCUGUAUUUUUGUUAUUCAAGGAGCAUUACUAUGACGGUGAGAGUGGCACUGGGUACUUGGCAUGGAGAAUCAAAACUAUACAGAGAGGCUUGGCUAAAGAACGACGAGCAUCAUUUGAAGGACAAGAAUCAUCUUCUGAGGGGAUGUCUGGUGGACCAACUGUAAGACGGGAGUCAGAGUUUACUCCAGAGAUUGUCUUGAGUGAAGAUGAAUGCAAGGAAGCAAUUGCAUUCAUGAAACAUUCUGCUGAUGAGGACACAGUCAAGAAGAAGAUGAAAUUGACAUUUGACUAUCGCCGCAAAUUGGUUCUGGACCCUAUGCAGUCAAGCGAUAUAUUGACAGUCUUUCCACGUUUCAAAGACGUUAAAGGCUUGAUUGAGCAAGACUUUGUUCUGAUGUUUGGAGAAGGAGUGUCAGGCAAGCUACUGGAGAAGUGGACGACUGCAUUCAAGAAAAAAGUGAUUCAGCAGUCCAGAAAGCUUCCAACCACCAGUGAUGUAGAAGAACUCCUGCUAGCAGCUCAAUUUCCUGAUGACUCAGAAGAGGGUGUUAAUUUUGUUUGGGACUCUGACUUCUCUUCUAUACUACUGCUGUUGCAUCUGAUCCCACCUUCUGCCCAAGGCCGAAAGAGACCAGGAAAGGUGUCUGCCUCUCAAGCAGAGAAACAUCUUGUUGUCUUUAAGAAGAGUGGAACAAACAUUGAGGAGCAUCUUCGAGACAUCACUGCUAGUGCUCAGCCCUAUCUCCUGGCCGUGGGACCUCAGAAGAAUUCAGUUCACCAGUUCUUCAUCGUUCUUGAUCAGCAUGCCAUUCCAUGCAAGUCAACUUCUUCUCUUGGUGCCUUUGACGAACUGUUUAAGGCACACUUUGUGUUUGGCACAUCUUACAAUACUAUGCUACACAACAUGUACACUUUCAUUCAGACCACUGUGUACAACAUAGAUGUUGGCAAAGUGAAAGAGAGUCCUCGUGUUGCUGAGGUCAGAGCAAGGCUGCUUAGCUAGGUCCCUUAAGAUUUUCUGUCCUCAUGAAGUGUUUUGUUUGUCAGGCUGAGUUAAAUGGUUCAAAAAUACUUCUUAGGCACUUCAGAUUAGUUCAUGGUUUAGUUCCUGGAAAGAAUCUUCACCUUAAGUGCAUAGAGUCAGGUUGUGGUUCUGUGUUUGGUACUUUUUCAGGUUUUCGGAAACAUCUGCACACAAAACAUGCUGAUCAAAAUGUCAGUGAGCAGAAUUUUGACACCAUUGAUAGCCAGGAGACUGCCAAGGCAGAUGGACAAAGUAAUGCUGAAAUACUUGAUCAGAUUGGCAGUGCCGGAGAGGUGGCCACAACAUCUGAAUUGUUAAAGUCAAAUAAGAGCACUUUCGAUAUGUGUGCAUCUGCUGUUGCACAACUAAAAGUUGCUGGUUUAAGUCAGUCUGCUAUAAGUGGUUUUGUUUCAUCUAUGGAAGAAAUGGUUUUUGAGAUUCAUAGUCAGGCCCAGGAUGCAGCUUUGCUCUGUCUGUCUCCACAGGACACUGCUACUAAAAGAAAGAUAGAAAAUUCAUUUCAAAACUUGGAAAAUCCAUUUACUAUGUUAAAUUCUGAAGCCAAACGAAAGAGACUCUUUACGGAAAAAUGGGGAAUUGUUGAACCAAGCGAAAUAGUGCUUGGCACAAGAUUUGACAGCAGGAGAAAUAAAACCACAGGUUUGUUUGAUCAAGUUGUUGUAACUGAUAAAUUUGCUUAUAUUCCCAUUUUAGAAACACUAAAGGCAAUUUUACAAAAUCCGCUACUUACUGAUUUGUUUAAACCCAGGCAUGUUCCAAAGGAAGGCAUUUAUGUUGACUUAAGUGAUGCGGCAUAUUUUAAAAGUAAUCCCCUAUUUUAUACAGAAAAUGAUGCCUUACAAAUUCAGUUAUUUUAUGACGAUUUUGAGACCGCUAAUCCUUUGGGAUCCAAAAAAGGUAUACACAAAUUAGGUGCAAUCUAUUUUACAUUAAGGAAUUUCCCCCCAGUUUUUAACUCCUCAUUGGUGAAUAUUCAUUUAUGUGCCCUCUUUCAUGCACAGGAUAUUAGGCGCUAUGGUUUUAAUUCUAUACUUGAGCCUCUAGUAAAUGAUUUGAAAGUACUUGAGAUUGAAGGGGUUAAGAAUCCAGUGUCUGGAAGUUGUAUUAGGGGUACAGUUAUUCAAGUCACUGGGGAUAAUCUUGGCUUGCACAGCUUGUUUGGGUUUCUUGAGUCAUUUGGGGCUCGAUAUAGCUGUCGUUUCUGUCUUCUUGAGAAACAUCAUUUUCAGUCGGUGUUCUGUGAAGACAGCCCUGAGGUUGUAUUAAGAACAGCUGAGAUGCAUGCUUUGCACUGUGAAACUUUAAAAACUGAUUGUACACUACCUCAUGUUUAUGGUGUCAAACGUACAUGUUUGUUGAAUUCACUCAAGUAUUUCAACACAGCCAACAAUUUCGCUGUGGAUAUAAUGCACGACAUUCUAGAAGGAGUUGCUCAGCUAGAGGUAAAACUUGUUCUGCAGUACAUUCAGCAUAAUUUUCUGAGCACUGAUGAUCUUGCUGGUAGGGUACAUGCUUUUGACUAUGGUUACAAUCAGCAGAGGAACCGUCCUCCAAUGGUCAAAUUGUUUGAUGGAAGCAACGAUUUGGGUUUAAAUGCCAUCCAAUCUUGGUGCUUGUUGCGCAACAUGCCCCUAUUAUUUGGUGAUUUAGUGCAAAGAGAUGAUAAACACUGGCAUCUUCUGAUUUUACUUUUGCAAAUUGUUAAUAUCGUAUUUUCACCAGUCUUAACAGAGGGCAUGACCAUUUAUCUUAAACAUUUAAUAAUUGAACAUCACCAGCUAUUCAAAAACUUGUUUCCUGAAAGAAGUCUUUUGCCAAAGCAUCAUAUAAUGAUCCAUUACCCACAGUGUAUAAGAAAAAUUGGACCAAUUCUGCACAUGUGGUGUAUGCGUUAUGAAGCUAAACAUAAAUUUUUUAAAACACAAUUAAAAAGUUUCAAAAACAUCACCAAAACACUAGCCAAAAAGCACCAAUUUUGUACUUCGAUGCACUGGGAGUCUUUUAGCCAGUACAGAUUGUCUUUUGGCCCAGGGAAGAUGGUAGAACUCGGUGAACUUAAAGGUGGCCAAGAAAUUGCUUCCAAAUUAGGAGUGGUAAUGUCAGAUGUUGUCUAUUCUGUAAAGUGGCUCAAACACCAUGGCACAGAGUAUCGCCCUGACUUUAUUAUCUGUACAGAAGUAGCAUGUGAGAUGCCAGUGUUUUGUAAGAUCAAGACUAUUGCUGUGAAAGAUGAAAAUGUGCUGUUGUGUGGAACACUGAUGGAAACUGUAUGUUUUGAUGACCAUUACUAUGCUUUUACAGUCAGACUGCAUCCAAACAGAGUUUUUAAGGUAGUGAAUGUUAAUGAGCUGUGUUAUUUCAAACCAUUUGAUCUUCAGAUGAAAUAUGGUACAACAGAUUCUGCACUGCAUGUAGUGCCAUAUUGCCAUUUAAUGCAGACAUGAUGUAUUUUUGUGUAUUUGAAUGUUUCCUGAGCCUGACUCUUGUUUUAAUAAAUGUUUUAAAUGUGA